UAAAUAUCCUUUUUUUUCAUAUUUAUAAUAAUUAAAAUUCUCAGUAAAUAUAAUUCUUAAAAUAUUUUACUAAUUGAUUGAUAAGAUUUACUCUAAUUGCAAUCAGAUAAAAAUUUAAGGUGCUAACUAUCUAAAACAAUCUUACAUUUUUAUAUUUUAAAAAAUAUUGAAAUAAAUUAAAAUGUAAUAAUAAUUAUAAAGACACGGAAGUAUGGAACCAUUAAAUGAUCAAAAUGCUUAAGUUGGUGGAAAUGUAUUAGAUUAAAAUCUAAUACGAUAAAAGAACUGUAUUUUAUGGUUAUUAUGCUUUUGUUUUUUGUUUUGCACAAUAUAUUUAUAAGCAUUAUGGUAAAUUUGAAUUUAAAAUAAAAAAGUAUGAUACCUGGAGUUUAAGUAUGUUCUAUGAAUGGGAUAGAAGCUCCUGUGCCUUUUUAAUAAAGCAUAAUUGCAUAUUACUUUUUUACUUUAUUGUUUUUAUACACGAUUUACUAUGCUCUUGAAAAUGUGAAACAUACAAUAGUAGUUCUUAUCAGAUGGCCUAUAUUGCUUUAUUCUUUAGCAGCUAUAAUAAUAGGGGUUGUUUCGAUUAUUUAAUCAUAUAGCAUGACUAUAGAAGAUAUUUAAGAAGGAUGGAACAAAAUGACUUAAUGGAGAAAGCAACAAUAUUAUAGCAGUUCAUCAACUAAUUUAUUAGAUGAAAAUAAAAGAAAUUUAAUACUAAUAAGUAUUUAUCAUUUUAUCUAUGGAUUCGUGUUUAUAAUUCUUUUUGGAUUAUUAUUUAAUUACUAAACAAUAAUGCCUUAAAAUUGGAGACCUCCCUUUUCAUCUAGAUUACUUUAAAAAUAAGCUUUAAUUUAUAGAAUGGGAAUGGCUGAGGAAUAAUAACAACCAAAGUAAGAUGAUGAAGAAAACUUAGAGAAUAAACCUUUUCAAAAUAACAAUCAAAGUGAUAUUAGAUAAUAAUAAUAAUAAUAACCAAUUGAUUAAUAACCAUCAACUAUAUUUCAAAAAAAGAAUACAGGUAGAAGGAUGUUUGGAAAACAAGUUUAAAAUUCAUAAGUUCAAUAGUCAUAACAAUAAUCAUAAAUAUAAUAGUCAUAAAUUCCUCCAUAACCAAAUGCAAGAUAGGAUUAACCAGAAGAGGAUGCAAAUCAAUAACCAUUUUGA